CUCCCUUAUUUCUCUUCGUGCUGGUUUGGAUGCUUGUAGUAUGUAUGAGAAGUUAACUAUGCUGAACCUGCAGAGUGGCUCAAACUGGAGUGGGCCUAACAGCUGGUACCAUGACCACACUGGCGUUCAGACACAACACAGCACAGUGUCUGAAGGCUGUCUGCUGGACACGGAGGGCAGCAUUGGGAGAGAGGCAGGGGUAGGAGGAGUGGGCAGAGGGGGCGGAGUCCCUGUGGAGCGGGAUGAGGGUGAGGAGUCUCAGCUGAGGCUGCAGCUCAAGAGAAAGCUGCAGAGGAACAGGACCAGCUUCACACAGGAGCAAAUUGAGGCACUGGAGAAAGAGUUUGAAAGGACACAUUACCCAGAUGUUUUCGCAAGAGAAAGGCUGGCAAACAAGAUCGAUCUACCAGAGGCCAGGAUACAGGUGUGGUUUUCAAACCGAAGAGCCAAGUGGAGGCGCGAGGAGAAGCUGCGCAAUCAGAGGAGGUCAGGGGUUGUGACUUCCUGUUCACAGAACCAAGCCCCGCUGACGACUUCCUUCAACACAUCUGUCUAUCAUCAGCAGCACGGCAGCACUUCAGGAUCCAUGUUGAAUCAAGCUGAGUCGUCCCUGCCCUGUUACAGCUCCCUGUCAGUGUUCUCAUCGGGAGUCCAGUCUAUUCCUCCCCAGUCAGCCUCUUCCUACACCUGCAUGUUACCUCCAUCCCCCUCUGCCCCGCGCAGCUUUGACUCAUCGGCAUACUCCUCCCCUCAUCUGCAGACUCCACCCUCAGCCAACUCCAACACCGGGCUCAUAUCACCUGGUGUUUCAGUCCCGGUCCAGGUCCCAGGAACUGAGCAGCAGAGCAUUGGUCAGUACUGGGCCAGAUUACAGUGAACAACAGACAAUCCUGCCAACUGGAAAAACAAAAGAAGAAGGAAUUUUUGUUAAAAGGGGGGUGGGGGGUGUCAUGUAAAAAAGUGUCAAGAAAACAAUUUUUGGGACACAUGGGUUUUAAGGAACGACGGGACUGAGUUAUAGAGGGGGUCUUGAUGAGUUACAGACCCCAAAAUGCA